AUGAAAUCUAUGAAAGGUCUCGGUAUGAGCAAGAUGCUCGGAAGCAUUAGAAAGAAAGCAAGCAAUGUUUCGAAUCGAACAUCCGACGGACCCUCCGGAACAUCACCAUCAGGGACGACGCCUGCUGGCUCACCUGAGGCUACAGCUCAUAACAGUGUGAAAGCAUUCUGCGAGUCUGGAGGAAAGUCAAAGCAAGACGAGGUCCUUUUUCUCCCUCCUAUCGUCGACGCCGCCGAGUCUUCUCCCGCCGCUGCCGCAGAAUGCGCGCGCUUGAUCCGCAAAUACCUCUCGAAAGACUACUUUUCAAGACCAUCAUGGCAAUACAAUGCAGUCAUGCUGCUACGCAUCCUGACUGAUAACCCCGGCCCGACCUUCACGCGAAACUUGGACCAGAAAUUCGUUGAUACUGUGCGCUCGCUCCUCAAGCAUUUGAGAGAUCCCAGCGUCCGUCAGAUUGUGAUGGAAACUCUUGAUGACUUCCAGCACUCCAAGGCAUACGAUGAAAACUUAACGUUGCUUACCUCAAUGUGGCAGAAGGAAAAGGAAGAAGCUUACAAGAACUACGGCGGACCACGGCAACCCAUGAUGCCGCCAGGCGGUUACAAUACUUCUCCUCCUGCCCAAAACCCGCACUCCCAAAAUUACUUUGCGAGACACCAUUCAAACAAGCAAUUGCCCGACCCUAUCGAACUCGCCAGCCGACUUGAAGAAGCCCGAACGUCAGCCAAGCUCCUUGAGCAGGUCGUUAUGAAUACACCUCCCGGCGAGAUUCUCGACAAUGAUCUUAUUAAGGAAUUUGCCGAUCGGUGCUCGAGCGCCUCUCGCAGUAUUCAGGGUUACAUGACAUCCGAGAAUCCCACACCCGACAACGAUACAAUGGAGAACCUCAUCGACACCAACGAGCAGUUGCAAACUGCGCUUAACCAACAUAAGCGCGCUGUCCUCAGCGCUCGCAAACAGCUGGGUCUUAACGAGCACACUGACUCCCAAUCGCCGAGUUUAACCCCCCAGUUUCAGCCCCAACAACAGCCGGAGUCUCAGUUCCAGGCCAAUGGAACCAACACUGAUCAUUAUUUCGGCAAUGCGUCUUCCUCAAGUUCUGGUCACAACAACGGCAAAGGCAAAGAGACACAUUCUUACUCACCCCCCUCAGGUCCUCCACCAAAGGCAGGCAAAGGAAGUACAAGCCGGCCCCACGAUGAAUCUGCCGAGAACCCAUUCGCAGACCCUCAACCAAGCGGUCCUGGCCAAACGGCGGCGGCGGCGUACCAGUAUCCUGAGGAACAACGUCUUGCUUCUGAACCCUUCCACCCUGGAUUUAGGCCAACAGAAAGUUAUCUAGGCCGACAGGACAGCGCCAUUGGAAAGGUCCACAUGCACGGCGCUGGCGCAUCGACCCCAUCAGCCCAACCACCUGCACAGCAACGGCUUGACGAGGUUUCGGAUGACGAUGAUAUCUACGAUGCACCCAGCGGCCCUCCGCCCAAAAGUAAGGAGCCCAUGUACCGAUAUUAA